UACUGGUCGCGUUCAUUACCUCCGAUUUCAAUUUCCAUUGGUUGUUUGCCUCCACGUGACAUCAGCUGACAAGUUAGGGUGAGACACUGACGGGAUGGAUGCAGCUACUCUGACCUACGACACACUAAGGUUUGGUGAGUUUGAGGAUUUUCCAGAGACUGAAGAACCUGUGUGGAUUCUUGGACAAGAAUACAGUGCAAUCACAGAGAGAGAUGAGAUCCUUUCCGAUGUUUCUUCACGUCUUUGGUUCACAUACAGAAAAAAUUUCCCUCCUAUUGGAGGGACGGGGCCCACAUGUGACACUGGUUGGGGCUGCAUGUUGCGUUGUGGCCAGAUGAUCCUUGGACAGGCCCUUGUUUGCCAACAUCUUGGUCGAGAUUGGCGGUGGGCAAAAGGAAAAAGACAGAAAGAAGAUUAUAACAGAAUUCUGAAUGCCUUUCUUGACAGGAAGGACUGCUGCUAUUCACUACAUCAGAUAGCUCAAAUGGGAGUUGGUGAGGGAAAGUCCAUUGGGCAGUGGUAUGGGCCAAAUACAGUUGCUCAAGUACUCAAAAAGCUUUCUACAUUUGACUCGUGGAGCCAACUGGCUGUGCAUGUAGCAAUGGAUAACACUGUGGUCAUCGAAGAGAUCAAGCGAUUGUGUAUGCCAUGGCUAGACUACGCUGGAGCAACUGCCUUUUCUGACCCUGAUGUAGUCCGAGAAGUGAAUGGCUAUGCAGAGGGUGCCUGCGCACUAGAAGAGCCAGCAGUAUGGAAGCCUCUUGUUCUGCUAAUACCUCUGCGGCUUGGACUCAGUGAUAUUAAUGAGGCAUACAUUGAAACACUAAAGCAUUGCUUCAUGAUGCCACAAUCUCUGGGCGUAAUUGGAGGAAAACCAAACAGUGCACAUUACUUCAUUGGUUAUGUAGGAGAGGAGCUGGUCUAUUUGGAUCCACACACCACGCAGCCAUCAGUAGAACCAUGUGACAGUGGACAGAUUUCAGAUGAUAGCUACCACUGUCAACACCCACCAUGUCGCAUGCAGAUACGGGAUUUGGACCCUUCCAUUGCUGUGGGAUUCUUCUGUAAGUCGGAGGAUGAUUUUGAUGAAUGGUGCAUGUGCAUUCGUAAGCUCUCCGGAAGAAGAAAUGCCUUGCCAAUGUUUGAGCUGGUAGAUAGACAGCCUUCUCACUUUACAAGUGCAGAUGUUUUAAACCUCACCCCAGAUUUCUCCGAUUCUGAUCGCCUGGAGAGAUUCUUUGACUCUGAGGAUGAGGAAUUUGAGAUUCUGUCCCUGUGAAGAUUGUUGUCCAUGCAAACAAAGGAAUAAUAGUAAAUUGAUUGACCUUGGGGGUAGGGAAGACUAUUUGCACAUAUUCUAAUUAGUUUUUCCCGGCAUCUAUUGCUUAGUGUAAUUCAUGCUCAUCCCCUGGACACUGCUUCCUGUCUGAUCAAGCUCUGCCGAAAAGUUGAUGUUGGUAACUUUCACUGCGAAAUUUUGCGUUUAGGGUGGGGGUAAUUAAUUCUUUUUAUGUUUACGAUUUUCACUUUUUUUCAUUUUAUAGAAAAAUACAAAAAAAAAACAAAUAAAAAAAAUUGUUGCAUUCUAGUGUCUUGUUGGAAAAUCCCAAGGUUGUAUCCAAAUAAAAUGUGCUAUACAACACAUGCUUCAAAA